AUUUUGCUUAAAUUGCUUGGAUAUUUAAUUCUCUUUUGGUUACUAUUCGAAGUAAUUACAACGACAAAUAUUUCUCACAACCAUACGCAAGUCAUUAUAAUUAAAACAACUGCAUUUGAGGUUAUGUUUAUAUGUUUGUGAUCAAAACAAACAUUCUACGAUGGUUUGUGAGAAAUGCGAAAAGAAAUUGGGACGUGUGAUCACUCCAGACCCGUGGAAGACCGGGGCAAGGAACACCACAGAGUCUGGUGGGAGGAAAGUGGGAGAAAACAAGGCUUUGACGGCUAAGAAAGGACGCUAUAACCCGUACACUUCGAAGUUCCAAGAAUGCAAGAUCUGCCGUACAAAGGUACACCAAGUGGGCUCACACUACUGCCAGGCGUGCGCAUACAAGAAAGGCAUCUGUGCUAUGUGCGGGAAAAAAAUUCUGGACACUAAAAACUACCGGCAGAGCUCUACAUAGUGGCAGAUAUGGUUUCGUUUUAAGUAAAACUAUAAUGUGAGCUGUUGAAGAUAAACCAGUAUUUAAAAAGUCACCUAAACCACCACUUACUUCUAAAAUAAUUUUAUAGAUGAACACAACAUGAUCUCAAAAUAGGAACGUUUGCAUAUACCAUCAAUAUUUUGAAUUUUACGGACUUAAAAAACCUAUUAAGUCUAAUCAGAAUGGCGCUGUUAAUGAUAUAAACUUAACAAAAUGUGUCAUUUUCAAUCAAAAGGUACCACAUUGUCGCUUGCCAUAAGGACGCUCUGACAGGUUAUUUGUAUAAAGAUACAAUCCAAUUUCGUCCUUAUGGUAAGCGGCAAUGAGGUACCUUUUGAUUGCAAACGUCACAAAUAUUGAUUUAUUGAUCCUAUAGUAGUAUCUAAGAAGGUCACGCCCUCGCAAGGUGUGACGCCGCUCAUAUCUAGUAUAGACUGGUUUUGAUUGCGUGUGUUUUGUCUUUAUGAUUGCUUUAGAUGUGGGUUUGGUUUAGGCGAAGGCUUCAGGGGAUGCGCAUUUUAAAAAUGGUUUAUUUUAUAUGGACAAUACUCUAGACAAAGGAAUUUUGUUACAAAUAUGUAACCUGACUGGAGGUUUGUUAUUUAUGAGUAUGUAUGUAAAAAUGAUGCAUAAGUAAGAACUGUACAUUGACUAAUGUCAUUAGUAAUAUGUACUGUAAUGCCCCACCGCUCGGGAAUGCAAACCGGUUUUUAAUUGUAUGAAAAAAACCGGUUAUUAACCGAAAUUUCAUACAAAUUAAAACCAGUUUGCAUUCGCAUUUAUGCAAAUAGACUUAGACUAAGCUAAGUAUGCAGCUAUUUUGAUAGCCCAAACUGUGCAAUGGUUAUUUAAACGUCAUAAUUCCAUAGAAGAUUGACAUCUAAAAUAACACUUGCACAAUCUGGGCUAUCAAAAUCGCUGCCAACUUAGCUUAGACUAACUUUAUGCAACUGCUACAUAAAAAGGUUGGCAAAGAGGGUAAAAUGUAUACAGAUGUAGUGCAUAAUUGUUUUCCAUCGUAUUUUCUCGGAAACGUUCGUAUAUGCCAUGCUAUUUCAGUCAAUGUCAGUACUUUUUGUACCGUGACUGACUGAAAUAGCAAGACACGUUCGUACGUUUCCGUGAAAAUACGAUGGAAAAUAAUUAUGCACUACAUCUGUAACUGGAAUAAAGGGUUUAUUACACUUUGUUACAUUUAGUGACUAACAAGAGGGACCUCGCUAUACGUGGGACGCGUCCCUCUUGUUAGUC